AUGGAAAUCGAGGACGAGCAUGAGCACUUAAAAGCGGUUCGACGGAACUGCGAGAAAUUAGGACUGCUGGUGUCCUCUUCUUCUUCUUCCGACGAGAAGGAGGAGGAGACGACGACGACGACGAUUUCGAACUGUUUGAGAAGUUUGCGCGCUCUUUUCUCGAGGAAAAAAGAAGUCUCGCCGAAGGAGUGUUUACGAGUGUAUUUGCAACAAGCGCAAAGCUUCCAGUCUUUAUUGGAAAUAUGGGACGCGCACCAUUUGAACAACGCGCAGAAAGUGGGCGUACCGUUACUGCUGUUCAUCGCGACGAUUUUGCGAGUGAAAGAUGAAGAAGAAGAAGAAGAAGAAGAAGAUGAUGAUGAUGAAGAAGAAAAGAACACCACCACUCGUGAUGAUGAUGAUGAUGAUAACGAGGAGAAGAAGAGAGAGAGAAGGCAAAGUGCGGCGGGAGCAUCGACGGCGUCGACCAGCGUAAGUCGGUUGGCUUUGGACGGCUUGGCGAGAAAUAUCAUCGCCAGACGGAUGCGGCAGAUGUAUUCGCACAUCGCGUCCGGGGUUCGGGUUCGGAUUGUAGCCGCUUUUGACGUAUUCACCGCGAUUGUCCAACGCGACGACGAUGGAAGUUUAGCCGAGGAGACGUUUAGGCAGUUUGAUUGGACGUUGCAGAUUUUACAAAAAGUUGCGACGCCGAGAAUCGAUAAUAAUAGUAGCAGUAGGAAAAAGAAAAAGAAGAACAAGAAUGAAGAUUCCGACGACGAAGAGGAUGCCGACGACGACAUCAGCAGCAACAACAACAUCAAAGACAACACCAACGGGAACGCUAAUGAUAAAAGGAAUGCGCACAUUUCGUUGUUCCGGGAAGAGCGAGCGAAGAUAAACCAAGCUGCGAAAGCGUCCAGGAAGAACAUUGAAAAGGCGUCAAACAGAUUCGCGUUUGCGCAGUUUUAUCUCGCAUUUUUAGAAUCGAACUACGAAAGCGUCGUGCGCUCGGCGGCAACGAAUCGUAACGUCAUGUAUUUGUUCGUAAGAAAUGUGGCGAAAGACGACUCGGAGACGCAGUGUCGGUUUCUGUCUGUUCUUUCGCAGAGCGUAUUGAAUAUAAACGUGAGCGCGAUUCAGACGCCGUUGAAAAUCAAGCUCGCGACGUUCACGGAUGUGCUUUUGGAGCAGUUGGCGACGAUGGCUGCUUUUAGCGAUGGUGUCACAAAUGCUGAAAAAGAUGAAAACAAGAAAGUGUCGGUCUUCUUUCGGGACACUACCGUUGCGAAAAUGGCUGUGGAUCUUUUGAAAGAAGUCUGCGUGAAUCCGCGACAUGGCAUUUGUCCAUCUCAGGUCAACGCGGGAGAUUUGAUAUCUCGCCUCUUGGUGAAAUUGCGUCCAGCAGAGUGUGAUGCGCACCUAUCUGUUCUCUCAGACGCGUGUGUUGCGCACCCACGACUAGCUGCACGAUAUGUUGCUCAGUUCUCAUCUGAUUUGCAACCGAAAAAUACAGAGAAGUGGUUGUCGACGAUACGCAUGUUGGGAGAUUUGAUUCAAACCUCCGCAGAAUACGGCGAGACGACGAUAGGAGAUUUUAGUGGUGGUAUCACGAACGAAAACAACAAGAAUGAUCGACACGACGGCGGCAACGAUGACGAAGACGACGACGACGAAAAGAUUGAGUUUAGUGCCAGGUGUUGGGCAUCGAGUGCGUUACCUUCGUCGUUAACGAAAUCUGUCUUUGUGAAAUCGCUCGGUCAUAAAAGCAUAGUCGUACGUCAGGCUUCUUUGCAAUUUCUAGCGAAAUGUUUGCGCGCGACGAGAAAGCGAAUAUAUUUGGCGGAAAAGAGCGCGAUUGCGAACCAGAUCAAGCAACGUAAAAAUAUUAGUAUUAGUAAUAGUAAUAGAAAUAACGGCGCUCAUCGUGGCCACGUGCUCGCGCGGAAGCGGGAGGUAUUGCGUCGCGCCAGAGGCAUAGCGUCGGCGGAUGUUUUCCCGGAUAUCUCGGUGCUCAUACAAAUCGUUAUGAAAGGAGGAGCGCACGCUCAAUUGACUAUCGAGAAGAUGGAUACCGAUAAAAAAGGAGAAGUUGAAUUCGACGACGGCGACGACGACGAAGGCAACGACGAGGAAGAAACCCAGGACGAAGUAUCCGAGUUUAGUCGAUUCUCCAAGCUUUUGGCCUUGGAAGCCUUGGCCGAGCGCAUCGCACUCUCACCUUCAGAUACCGUGAAUUAUGUUGAUGUCGCGAAGAUUCUUCCGAACACUCCCGACGAGCUAUUUCAAAAUACUCGCGAAAGUAUCGCUGCCGUUUCUGUUGCAAGAAACGCCUGCACGGCGUCCUCGGCGGUGUCGAAAAACACUCUCGUUGCAGUGUUCAAAUGUUACGCGUUUGCCGUGAUGAAAGAUGUUGCGGAUGAAAGUAAUGAUAUCCGUUUACUAUCCGAAAAUCUCAAGACACUCUUCAAGUUGAACAUAAUCGAGUCGAAGACGCUCGAUGGAAGAGGUGGAAGCGACAGAAGUACGAAACGUUCGUUCGAACGGGAAGCAGAGACGUACGCGCGCAGCUUUGCAAAAUGUUGCUGUAGCGCCUCGACUUCGCUCAACUUGACUUCAACACUCGCAGAUUUCUUAGCAGACGCAAUCGUCUCGGCGUCGAAACGAACAAGUCUCGACGCGUUCGUAGACGAAGAAUUCGCGCGGCCGACUCGGUUUAAUCAACCAGAGGAGCACAAUGGUAACAGCACUUCCGCGCUCUCGCCUCUGUCCGUGAUUGUGUUUGAAAAUGCCUUGAAAGUUUCAAAGAGUGUCAAAAAAUCCAAAGAAGAGAUUGACGUCGUUCGACAAUUUGCAGCCUCGCUCGUUCUCUCGAGUUUGCUUCGCACGACGGAUUUCUGGAAGCACGCAGUGACGUUGAACAAAAUAGGCGUUCAUAGCUUGGCGGCAUCAAAUUGUGAAAAGAAAGUGAUGAAGACGAUAGACGAUAUUUUAUGCGAAGAGCGGCAAAUAUUUCUGAGCAACCCGAAGAAUGCGAAGGUCUUUACGAUCGAAAACGUCGAAAUGGAUGUAGUCGAGAUCGCUGGCGCCUUAGAUGCGCAAUCUAAGGCAAAACUAUAUUCGCUCUUGCUGCAAACUUACGUUCACGAGGCGGAAGAUUUCACGAGACUUCUCCUAGAAGUGCUUCGAAAGAUCAACGAGAUGAGCCGAUCCGGUCGCGCUUCUCUUUUAAGCGCGGUUUCAUUCAGUGUUGCAAGAGAGCUGUCACGGACGGAACAUGACUGCUUUGAUAUGGAAAGCCAAUCGAAAAUUGCAGUUGCGUUGGCGAGAGGCAUUGAAGAUACAGAGCAGAAAUGUGGUGCGGUGCAGUCAACUCCUCGAAAACGUCUCGCGGAUGCGUUUUUGACGCACUCCGAAAACGAGUCCUUGGUCAUCUUUGCAAAGUUUGCUUCGGAAGAGGCUCAACUCGACGUAAUCGCAAAGAGUAGGCAAAUGACAAACUUCGUUUUAAUGGCUUCCGUGUCCGAUGUGUCUUUGAGCUCGCAGAGCGUCUCUUUUGAUGGAAAAUCAAAGAUUCUUGCGCAUCUGCUCGAGGUGUUAUUGGGAGAAGACGAUGUUGAGAAUACGGCCCCAAUACUACGUGUUCUUGCGCGCAUCUUUGAAAGAAACUCGUCGACGGGUCAAGAUACUAAUAUCGCAGCUCCGUACUCUUCAAUUACUCUUCGAGCUCUGGAGAAAAUUUUGAAAAGGAAGAGACAUAAGAAAAGUCAAGUUGUACUCGCGGAAGCUGAGUUUGUCUCGGCUCUCGUGAAUUCAAACGCAGGAGAGAUAUGCGCGGCUACAUUUUUACGGCAUUGCAACUUUAAAGAUGACGGUAUCGUGUUUGAAAAGGCGGCCUCCGAUGCCAUGCGAAAAUGCGCGGAGUGCGCAGCUAUUCGAGCCAUCGUAAAUGAAAGUGAUCGAACAGAGGUCUUGAGCGACAUCGCAUCGUUAGUUAUGAAGCAAAUGAAUCCAACAACCCAUGGAAAUAUGGUGUGCUCCGCUCGAGCUGUUCAAAUUGAAUUAAAUGGUGACAACGAGAAACAGAAGAAUAUUUUUGAGAAGAAACUUUCAGAUGCGUUGACGGAUCAAUAUUUUAAAGAGACUUUCGAGAAAGAACGCGUGGAGAAUAUAAUGAACGCUUUCAACGUAUGCUUUGACGUGAACUGUCCUGGAGUGUAUCGCGUAAGAUGCGUUAGCUUUAUUUUAAGAAAGUUAGUACUUCUGGAUGAAUUGAAGUCCGGUGCGGACUACCGCACGUUCAAGCAAGUUCUGGGGAAUAGAAUUAAAGAAGAACUCGAGUUGUGGGAUAAACGUGCGAAUGUGGAUGAUGCCGAUGUUCUCAACUGUAACAACGCAUUCACUUUUGCGGUGAACGAGAAUUUUAUGCUCAGCAACGAAGACGAUGUUAUCGAAUUAGUCAACGCCGCGCGAAUGUUUGUCUCCUCCUCGCUCAAGGCGAAAACGCUAAAAAACCAUCGCAGAGUAGAAGCGAUGGCUAAAAUCGUUGCAGCCCUCACGCCAAAUAAUGCAAAGAAAAUGAAGAAAAGGGAUAAACUGCGUGAAGUAUUUGAGGAGUUUGCAAUGUCAAGCUUCGAUUGCGUGUGCGAGAAUGAAAAAUUUGAGCACGCCCUUUUGUCGCGAAGAGAGUUGGAAGAAUACGAAAAUACGAAUGAGUUUUUGGAUUCCCUUCCGCAAAAUCCGUCUUCGAUGCACUUUGUUCGGGAACGCGUGGACGAGCUUUCGGAGAAAGUCUCUGCUUCUGUGUCGUCCUUCUCACCGCCGCAAAAUCAAAAGCAAUUUGCAGAAUUGAAGCUGCGGUUUGCAAAAGUUCUGCACGCGUCUCUCGAACUAAAACAUCGCCUACACAAGGAUACGCAGCAAUCGCAGCCAGAUAUAUGGGCGACAGAGAAAUCAGUUCAUGUUUUACCUCUUUUGCUUAAAGGAUAUAACGCGUCGUCAUCUGCUUUCGAUUCUUGCAUCAAGCGAACUAUGGUAACGCUCGAUUCACUUUCUGGACAAGACGUUCUUAAAAAGUGCGGCUUUGUGUUUGGAAGCGCGGCUGAAAAGUUUUUCGAAGGCAGUACUUGGAGUAGGCUAGUAUUUAACGAUGAUGAUGAUAACAACGACGACGUCAGCGAUACAAAAGCGUCAUUGAAAGAACGCGUCGGUAAUGCAAUCGGUACGUCGCUUUUGGAUUGCAGACGAAGUGCGAUGACGGCGACUGCUUUUCCUCAAAGACGAAAGCUUUUCUUCUGGGAAGAUAGUGAUACGGAAGAUGUGCUGCUUACCAAUGGGAACGAAAUUAUCAACCGAUUGGCGUACGAUCCGUCCUGGAUACUUCCAAUGACACUGCGAAACCUGGAAACAGAAUCGCUUUCGCCGAGAGAGUGUGUGCGUUCGGGCAUUCUCUCGGUUGUAAUAUCAGCACUUUCCUCCACCGAUACUAAUUUUCGUCGUCUCGCGAGAGCGAUAUUAUCAAUCAUGGAUGAAAUUGUGACUCGUAUAGUCACCGGGAAAACCGAAGACGGAGAAGAUAUCGAUUUAACCGAUGUGAUGUUGGCGCGAGCGUCGUUUCGCGAACGAACGCAAGUCCUUUCCAUUUUGCGAUGGAUUCGAAACUCAAACGAUAUGUGGAACAACGGCAUCUUCACGCGAGAUGAUGAAGAAAAAAUGAUCAUGCAAAGGAAGUGUCAACACGCAGAAGAUGUCGUCUGGCCAACAACGGCGACGUCGUUCGCGGCCGAAGCCAUGUGGCUCGCCUGUCGACCGGAAUCUGAAUUCUUCGUCGUCGCCAACAAGCAAGUCUUAAAACGCAUGUCCAUAGAUCUCGAUCGUUUGCCUAUGUUUCUCCCGCUGGUAAACGCCGGAGAUGCCGAUGCGAAAACCAAGCGAACCUGGGCACUUCGUCAACUCAAUUCUUCCUUCCACUCUUUGGGCGAUAAAGAAAACUUAUCCUCGCGGGUGUUUCGGAAACAGUUUGUGCUUGAAAUUUUGAGCUCACAAACGUGCUCGCACGCGCUCGCGGACAGCAACGUGCGGUCAAGAACCAUGCGAUUGAUCAAGAAUGUGUGCGAAAAUGUAAGCGAUUCUUUCUCGCUCGAACUUGUCGAACAUGUGAGCUUUGUUGCAUUCUUGACGAGACGUAUUGAAGAAAGCGUAUACCCGCGAGCUUCGGUUUCCUCGGCGCAGGAUGUAUCCGUCGAGCAUCGAAGUCAUGUGGCCGUGCUCUCUGCAAUGAUUUUAAAAGGUUUAGCAGAAGCACCCGACGCGUUCGUGUUUGCUGGACGAGAUUUCGUGGACGCAGUGCGACGCGUGAGAAGUGCAAUUUUAUCUCGAUUGGAAUCCAUCGACACGCGCGGCGAAUCAAACUCGAGAGAUGGCAGUUAUUCCACAUCGGAUUAUCUCGUCGCGAAGAAAUGUUUCAAACCAUAUCUCGAACUCCACGCCACCGUCUCAAGGUGCUUGGAAAAACGGCCCAAGUUGAACAGCCAACUCGCCACGGUAUCUGAGCUGUGCCGCCUGAUCGUCGUCGCAGAUAACAACAACGAUGACGUCGAGGACUCUUCUUCGCUGGCCAUCAAGACCGCGCUUGCAGAAAUCCUCGAAAUCUCGAGCUUUGAUUUUUCUUGCUUACUGGUGGAAGAAGAAGACGAGACAAAAAUGACGACGACGACUGCAGCGGUCGAACCCGCGGCGAUAUCGAUUGCAGCUUCCAUCUCUCACCUAACCGGGUGGUUAAACGAACACUUCUCUGCGAAGAACGAACCGAAAGUGGCCUCGCGGUUUCUAUGCCGGACGCUGCUAAACGCUCCGGAUGUUUUGCAAGACGCUCUCUUCACUUCAUCGGACGUGCGAACGUUUGCGAAAACCAUCGCAAGCGAUUACGACCGCCGUAGAAGGAGAGAAGUAAAUGCGGCUUUGGCGUUGCUCUUAGAUUUCUUGCUGGAUGAAAACGCUCCCGAAGCGAAGAAUAUUAAAAAUACAAUCGAAGAUUUGAUGCUUUCCAAUACUCAAAACGAAGGUAACGAGGUUCUUAUAGAGGCAAAGUUACGAGAAGUCUUCUUCUUUUCCUCCUCCCUCUCUUCUUCCGUCUUUGUAAAGAAGCGGGAGAAGAUAGAGGCUGGGAAGGAGACGCCAACGCCGUCCGCGUCGACGCCGAAGCCAAAAACGAGAAAGAGGAAGCAAACGCCUGGAAGUGGGGCGAAAAACAGACGCGCUGAAAAACGCGCGGCGAAGAAUAAGAAUAGUGAAUAG